AGCCAGGAGGAACGUCUUCAGAUCUUCGUGCGGAUCUUGCCCAGACUCUCAGUCGGUUUUAGGCGCUUUAAAACGCCCAGCGUCCGUCGAUCGCCUGGCAUUCCGGUCACAGUUCUCGGUUCGGUUUCUCGGUUUCGUGUCGAAGGUUUCGAGCGUGGAGCGUUGAGUGUGUUGAGGUAGAAAUCAAUCCACUACAACGGCUACAGCGGUGCAACGCAUUCUGAAACUGUUGAUGCAACGGCAGCAGAAAUUGCUCCGGAAAUUAUUCCAAUUGACUGCAUUGGCAAAACGUUAAGCAUACGCAGUGGUGUACGCCAAGGAAAUUAAGUGCGCAGCAAGUGAGCGAAAUAAAUUAAAGAAAACAGUAAUUCUCGCGGGUGAAAGUGCCUUCAAACCAGCUCCAUCCUGGGUAAUCUGUGGUUAAUCGUUCGAGAUUACCUCUUUGCCAAAAUGGGUCCCCCCACCGCCACUGAGCUGCCCCCGAAGACCACCGAGUGCAGCGAUGCCCCCGUCGAGCUCACCGGCUACCGCAGGUGGCUCAGCGAUAACCUCAUGCUCCUGGUAACCCUCUCCGGAGUGCUACUUGGGGUGAUAUUGGGCCUUUCGCUGCGUCCCCUCAACUUGCACGGCGACUCCAUCAUGCUGAUCUCCUAUCCCGGCGAGCUGUUUAUGCGCGUUUUGAAGCUGAUGAUCCUGCCGCUGGUCAUAUCCAGUCUGAUUGCCGGCUCGGCGAGUUUGAAUGCCAAGAUGAAUGGCAAGAUAGCGCUGAGGACUUUGGUCUACUUUGCCAGCACUUCGUUCUUCAAUGCCGCCUUGGGAAUUGCCUUGGUUCUGCUUAUCCAUCCCGGGAAUCCGGAUCUGCACAAUGCCGAUGACCGUUCGACGGAUAGGAGGGCGGUGAACCUAUUGGAUAGUCUCUUGGAUUUGGGCAGAAACGUAUUUCCGGACAACCUAUUCCAGGCCUCCAUACAGCAAGCUCACACAGUUUACCUACCGAAACCGAGCAUCAUGCACGCCUUCAACGAAACCAUGAACGACACUUUAAUCUCUGGCGGCGUGGAGGCCCAACGCCAGGCGGAGGAGCUAACCGAGGAUGUGGUCCUGGUGCGCGAUGUCCAAUAUCGGAGUGGCACCAAUACCCUGGGCAUUGUGUUCUUCUGCCUCGUCUUCGGCACCUUCCUGGGCACCAUCGGGCAGAAGGGCCAGGUCGUGGUGGACUUCUUUGCGGCCAUUUUCGAGGUGAUCAUGAAGAUGGUCACCUGUGUGAUGUGGCUGACGCCGGUGGGCAUUAGCUCCGUGAUCGCUGGCAAGAUACUCAGCGUGGACGACCUGGGACUAGUGAUGGCGCAGCUCAUGUGGUUCAUCAUCACGGUUGCCAUCGGGGUGUUCCUCUACCAGUUUGUCGUGAUGCAGGCCAUCUACUUUGUCGUCGUGCGCCGCAAUCCGUUCAAGUUCUACGCCGGACUCAUCCAGGCCAUGCUUACCGCCUUUGCCACGGCCUCAACAGCCGCUGCUCUCCCCAUAACCUUCCGCUGCAUGAACGAGAAGCUGCGCGUGGAUCCUCGCAUCACCCGGUUCGUCCUGCCCAUUGGCUGCAACAUCAACAUGGACGGCACUGCCUUGUACAUAGCCGUGGCUUCGAUCUUCAUUGCCCAGAUGAGCGGCAUGGUGCUGGGCUUCGGGGAGCUGCUCACCGUGCUCCUAACCUCCACGGCGGCCUCCAUGAGUUCGGCUAGUGUGCCGAGUGCAGCCUUGGUUUUGCUCCUUGUGGUCCUCACCGCCAUCGAUGCUCCUGUUCAGGAUGUGACCCUGCUCUUUGCCGUGGACUGGUUUGUGGAUCGAAUUCGCACUACCAACAACAUGCUGGGCGACUGCUACACCGCCGCCAUUGUGGAGGAACUGUCGCGCAAGGAGCUAAUGGCCUUGGAUGCUGCCUCUGUAAACUAUCAGGACAUGCCCGCUGGCACCCCAAAUGGUCAUAGCCACGAUGGUGGUGGCCUGUUGGAGGGGCAAACUGAGCUGGAGACAAGCAGCAAGUGUGCCAUGACCAUGACAGACUCUGUGGUGGUGGACAUGAGUGCGGUGAUGAAUAAUGUAAACCUAAACCUGCAGCAGGAGCACAGCAAUCGCAGGGUCUAAGCAAAAAGGAUAACCCACCCAUAGCUCCACUUCAAGUUCGUCAGAUCCAGAUACAGAUACACCAGCAGGCUUUGAUAUAUUAUUAUUCAAAUCACCAAUAGACCAACGUCGUGUUCCCCUCAAAAACAAAAAAAUAACUCAAUCAAAUAACCAAAAUAAUAACCAAGGAUAUGAAAUAUAUGGAUUAAUAACCUUGGCUAAUAUCGUGAGACUGUCUCUGACGAACCCACCCAGAUAUAUAUAUUGAAUUUAAUCCCCUUUUGGACCAGUGCCGGAUAGCAAUUAAUCAAUUAGCCUCAACACUUAAGGCAGGACCUCUGCCUAUAUACCGAAUAUAUAUAUUCACCAAGUAGGAAGAACACAUAUAGCACACACACUCUCACAUACUUUUUACCCCCCAAAACGAAACGGAAACGGAAACGAAGAGGUGAUCGGUGAUCAAUGUGAUCUUGUGUCCUGGGCACUUGCAUGUGCAUAAUCUAUGGGUAUUAUUUUGUAAGCUCGAUUGUGAUGGGAUCACUGACUUGUGUUGUUGCUUAUUUCUACGUUAAAUAUUAUGUGUUGUUUCGGAACGAGAUAAUAGGAGUUUAAAAGCAGGUUGUGCCGAGUCGUAGAAGCUGGCCUAGGUUUAGUUCUAGCUUUAGUUAUAAUCACCAUCAGUGAUCAUCUGUUGAUUUCCUGGAACUUGCCUUUGAUUUAGACCCAGACAAACCACAAUUAAACAAAGAAGGACUUAUGAUUAACGAAUACCAACUACCAAUUACCAAUUAUCAUCUAUCAAUUACCAAUUGUCACACACACACGCAUUCGUAGACUGAUAGCAGACUUAGUAGCGAUAACAAAUAAAUACAUACAUAUACGUAUCUGCAGAUAUUGCAAUACCUAUUACUAACCAAUAUCCAGACAUUCGAUUUGUACGCAACAAAAUGCAUACGCUGAAAUACAAUAAAAGUUAUUAUACCAAC